GGUAUCAGAUUGGGAGUCCAUAUCUGCAGAUGUGAAAUAUUAAAGGACUUGGGUCGGCUCGUGGGCAAAAGACUUGAUUGGGACAUCCCUACAACAGAGACGUAUGUGAUGGGAUUAUAAGAGAAGACAGGACUUUACAACUGUGGAAACAACAGAAGCAAAGUAAUCUAAGUCUCAAAUUAGGUUUUGGUGAUCUGACGAUCUUAUAUCAUGGACAAUCUUAACUUGGCCCACGGUCUGCUUUUCAGAGGAGCAUGGGACGCUGUUAAUGUCACACUGAUGUCGCACUUUCCUGGUCCACCAGGUGACUGUUGUGGUGGGCCUCUAUAUCAUUCAUCUGCCUCUCCAGUGAGUCUUAACACCAACCAGACCCUGCAGCAGGUGAAGAACUGGGUCACCAAGCUCACAGAGAACACAAUAAAAUCCACUCGUGAUGAGAUAGCUGGUUAUCAUAGCCAGCUGGAGUAGAAGAAGGAAGAGUUGGAAUCCUUGAUGAGAGACUCACUGGAGGGGUGGCUGAAUGAGGGCCACCACAACAAUGAACUGAACAAUGGGCGGCUGUGGCUGAGGUGGUAGAGCGGGUCGUCCAAUGAUCGAAGGGUCGGUGGUUCGAUUCCCUCUCUAUCCUAGUCACUUUACCCACCUUGCCUCCAGUGCAGCUACUCACACUGGUAUGAAUGUGUGUGAAUGUUGGUGGUGGUCGGAGCCACGCUUCCGUCAGUCUGCCCCAGGGCAGCUGUGGCUACAGAUGUAGUUUACCACCACCAGAGUGAGAAUGUGUGAGUGAAUGAAUACUGGAUCCAUUGUAUGCGUUUUGAGUGUCUUGAGUGUCUAGAAAAGCGCUAUAUAAAUCUAAUCCAUUAUUAUUAAUGAUUCUGCUCCAAAAGAUUGUCACAUGGUAUUUUGGUUAGAUUGCCCGCCUCUAAUCUGUCAUGCUUGGUUGGUCAAAGAAGAGAAGAACCUUUGCUUGACUUUCGUCGCAUUGCAAUGUCAUCUGGUCAAAGUGUGGAGUCUGGCAGAAGUUGAGCCAGAGUCAUCUUUUUUUUUCUAGGAUACCAUCUUGUUGGUCUACCUUACCCAUAACUCAAGAAAUUGUGAAUUAGGGUUGAACGUGUACUUAUUAUUUAAGCUGUCUUCUCCUACUGGUGUUAUGCCUCAAAUUUCCGCCCUGCAUCAACUUGUGUCAUUUUUCUCUCUAUCUGUACAAAGAUGCUCCUUUUGGGUUCUUAUUUGCUAGGGAAUACUGAUGCAGUGUGUCCGACAGGAGGCACCAGAUGGGCAAAUCAAGACGACACCUUCCAGAUGAUGGACUUCUCUCACCCAAGAAACUGAUGACUCGUCCUGUUAAUUAACCCUUUGCUUUGUUUUUAACCUUUCAGCUUUUCAUUGCUAUUGGAGUGUCGUGCCCCUUCUGCUGGAGGGCCACAAGUGAGCCCUCUAGUUUGAGGGCUCCCAGGGAACUCGUUGCUGACUCAAAGGCAGACUGCAUCCAUGCAGCUGGCUCAUCUGAACCCCAAACUUGCAAUAAUGCAUCACUCAUGAUGCAACACUGUUGCUGUUGGUGGACGAGCCAUACCCUUGACCAGCACCCUUCUACCGUACAUAUCUACAACACCCCCCUCCCCAACUGCAGCAGCCAUCAGUCUCCUGAACAUUCUGAAGAUUGCUAACACCAUGUCCCAUCCUCUGUAUAACCCCUAUGCCUCUGGGAACCAAAGUUCCUCCCAGGGGCAGUAUGGACACGCCAGUGUACCACCAGAGAGGGACCCUCGGAGGACGUCUUCUCACCUUGGACCUGGGUCCAACUUCAGCUCUUCUGGAAUUUCCUCUGCAACUCCUGCAAACUCUGGUGGAACAAUCCCAUCCCUGCUGUCUCUGCCAGUGACCUACAGGACUAACCAGAGGAGGCCUGUAUUAGACAAGGAAAUAGAGGGGUCUAUAGACAUGCAUAUUAGCAGAGCCAGGGAGGAGGUGAGGCAUCAGCCUGUCAGUCAGGGCUCUUGCUUUACCGGCACUCAAACAGGCGGGUUUGCUUCCUCCAGCACAGGGGGCAUCUCCUAUCCGAUGCCCUCAGCCUCUCAAGGGCAAAGACAUUCUGAUGUUGAAAGUGGCAGUAGCUCCUUGGACUGGUUGCAAGACUACAAAAGGGCCACUGAGGAUGAUUCAUCUAGAUAUUCAACAUCUGCUUUGUGUAGCUUUCCCGGCAGUAACGACAGUAGGUUCAAUGCCUCCAGUGGAAGAGAACGGGGUAUGCAGUCCAUUCCAGGCUUAGGUGACUAUGACUAUCCAGGUCCAGACAAACCUGCCACCCUGACAGAGUCCAGUCGCCCAAAGUACACUUCGGAAUCAGCUGCUAACAUCCUUCUGCACUUUGGACUUGAAAAAGAGGACUUGGAACAUCUAAUUUCUUUCCCUGAAAACCAGAUCACCCCUGACAAUCUGCCUUCCAUCUUGCACCAAAUCCGUAUCCAGAAGGCCAAAAAAGGUAAAACUGCAGAUCAGUCCAAACCCUACCCUGAAGCCCAACCCACCACAAGCCAGAGUAGUUCCAGAGGAGCAGGGAUGCACCUGGAUGAAAUGUCAUCAGCUGUUCUUCAGCCAAGUAAAGUCAUUGACUAUGGACAUACGAGCAAAUAUACCGGAGGGGUUGUGGAUGAGAUUGGAAGGACCAGUGACGGUAGAGAAAAUAGUGGUGGCAGUGGAAGUAUGUUCCAGAUGAAUCCUUACAGUAGUGGCAGUCACAAAAGCGUUACCUCGAUUCCUUCACGUGAUCCCUGGGGUUCUGGUGCCAGCCACAGCUCCUCAUACAGUUCUAUGCAGAGCUCUGCAACUCCUCCAGACAGUGAUCCAACUAAACGGUUGAAGACCCAACAAGACCUGACGUCUCAAACAACCUUCUCUUUUCCUUUGCCAAAGAAAGACACAGAUAUAAGACUUUUCAAGCCUGAAAUAUCCAAUCCCCUAAUGACGCAAGAGUCAAAGCCAGAUAAGCAGCCAGUGUCAAAAACUGAACUAUCUGGUACUCUAGUUCGUGGUGGAAAUCCUGUCCGACAUGGCAUUGUGCUCUUUGACAGUAAAGACAAGAGUAGCUCUAAGGAUCAGAAUAAAACUCAAGGAAGAAGUUCAAUGUUUACUGAUCAGCCGGGGCAAAAACUGAAGACGUUGAGGCAACAACCCAAGCAGUCGGAGCAACAACCCAAGCAGCCGGUGCAACAACCCAAGCAGCCGGUGCAACAACCCAAGCAGCCGGUGCAACAACCCAAGCAGCCGGUGCAACAACCCAAACAGCCGGGGCAACAACCCAAGCAGCCAGUGCAACAACCCAAGCAGCCGGUGCAACAAACCAAGCAGUUGGGCCAACAACCCAAGCAAUCGGUGCAACCGCAACCAGUGAGGCAGCAGCAGCCAGUAUUGCAGAUGGGGCAAACGUUGCAGCCUCAAGGGUUUCCUGCUGCACGUCCAGUUCCACCACCUUCUUUCAUCCCCAGCAGCUCAAGCACCUCGCACUCCAUUCUACCCCCGGUGUUUGUCGGUGUAUCUCGGUCCUUGGUUGUUCCUCCAGCUCUACCCCAGCCAGUGCCAGACCUCAUGAACUUCCUUCACAUGCAGAUGCCACCUUCCAGCAACCAGCGUGGCGCAACGGGGGAAGUUUCCAGGAUUCUACCAUCGGCGGCCAUGAUGCAUGACUAUGCUGCAGCCUCUCCGAGAAUAUUUCCACAUACCUGUACUCUGUGUAACAAAGAGUGUUCUCAGAUGAAGGAUUGGUUCUCCCACCAGAAUACAAGUAUUCACCUUGAAAACUGCAAACUUCUCCGGACACGAUACCCGCAGUGGGAUGGGGAGGUACCGUCAUUGCCAAGAGCUCCAGGGAGCAAUGCCAAGCCCUCACCUUCAUCCUCGGCCCAAACUUACCAAGGUCGUCACCAGAGAAGCGGCCGUGAGAUUCCUUCCCGCUCGCGCAGCAGCCGAUCUCGUUCUCGCUCGUACAGCCCUGUCCGCCAUCACGGCUCUGAGAGUCGAAGGAACCGGCGCAGCAGUCGAUCUCGUUCUCGCUCGUACAGCCCUCGCCGCUAUCACGGGUCAGAAAGUAGGAGAGAGAAACGUAGUCGAUCACGAUCACCGUACAGCUCCAGAUACACUCGCAGGUCUCGCUCUAACUCCCCACGAUAUGACCGAACCACCUCCUCCCGUUACCGAUCACGUUCAAGGAGCCGCGAGAGACGAUCUUCCCCGAGGAGGAGGGAUGAGAAACGUCGUGAGAGACGAUCGUCCUCGGAGAGGUCGUCCCCUCACCGAAAGAGGUCGAGCAGCACAGAGAUGCUGGCGAAGAAACUGCUGCAGACAACAGCUGUCCAGUCUCUGUCGAGUCAGUCGGACCUGGAGACUGUGGUUAAAACUCUGGCUCCUGCCUUACUGGCUGAGCUGGCCAAGAUGAAGUCAUCAUCAUCAUCCUCUGCUGCCUCCUUAGCGUCCUCCUCCAAUGCAGCAAAGUCAACCAAAGCGAAGCCGAGUCUUCAGAAGAGCGAAGCAAGUUCUUCCACAAAGCCAAAGGUUGUUAAAUCUCUUCCUCCAACGAUGGUGAAGCUACAAGGAGUUCGUACGAGUCUGUCUCACGGUGACGUGGUCGCUGCAGUGGAGCAGUUUGGAAAAACCAAAUCAGUUGUGUUGUUUCGCUCCAAAGUGGAGGCGGUGGUUUGUUUUGAGAACGCCGAAGACGCCGAGAAACUGAGGAGCUUCAAUAGCAUCAACAUGAAAGGGAUGCCAGUGACUAUCGUCAGAGAGGAGAAAGCUGCUCCUCUUCCAACUUCUGCAAAGGAACCAACGAAGCCUCCUGAGCAAAAAUCUAUGGGGUGCACUAUCGACAUGCCUCAAAGCACUAAAUUUACCCCCACUGGAACAUCUUCAUCUCUGCCUUCUGCAGCCGACAAACCUAAAACAGGCAAACUGGUUGCUAAGGCAAAAGUUUUGGUUUCCAAAGCCAAAAAUCAACAAACCAAGCAAACUGUCAAAAAGACAAAAGUGGGCAAAGUGACUGCAAAAGGAGCUGUGAAAGCUGGAGCUUCCAAGGUUUUAGGAUCCAAGAAGGUUGGCGGUUCUGGCAAAGGUGAAGAAGUGAAAGAUUCGAAGGUCUUACCAGAAAAACCCAGUGAGACUCCUCCACCAGCCAGAACAGUUCAGACCACACCAGAAACAUUGGAGACGAAGCAAAAAGAUGCUGUAACGACCCAAAAAGAUGCAGCAUCAACCAUCAGUGUUCCGUCAUCGUCGACUGAAGCAGCAGCGACCACGUCUUCUUCAGCUGCUGUUCCUGCCCAGACUGUUGGGGACGAGAUAGGAAAACACCUCUGUGAAAAAAAUUUCAGGUUCAUUAAGAUGCCUAAAUGCCUCUCGUCUACAUUUGAAAAGACGCUGCUAUUCCUGAACAACCUGCCGAAGUAUGAGGAUGGCUGCUACACAGAGCAGGACGUCGCUGAUCUGCUUGUCCCGUUUGGGUUUCAGUAUGAGGACGACUACAUCUAUGUCAUUCCUCAGACACGCAUGGCUUUUGCCCUGAUGCCGGGUGUGAAGGAGUUACAAAAUGUUCUCAAAGCAAAAGGCUCCAGAAACCUUUUACUCAAAGGGUCCAAAGUUUCGCCGCAGGUGGUGAACAACGCCAUGUUAAUGGACCCGCUUGGCUUUUAUAAAUGUCUGAUGAAAGUGGUGCGAUUCCAGCAGCAGCAGAACAAUGACGGAACAAGAAUGAUCUUCAUCAAGAACAUCUCACCAAGCGAGGCCAGGGAUCUCAGGAAAACUCUGACCGAAAUCACGUCUGUCAGAAACUACCUGCCUCUUCUCAACAAGGUGUUCAUCGAGUUUGAUUCCGACCAUGAUGCUGAUCGGCUCGGAUUUUGGUACAGCCGCCUGAAACAGGACAACAGCUACAAAUUGUACAGGAUAAAAAUACCAGAAGGCACGAUUACACCACUACCAUCGCGACUGGAACCAAACGGCGUGCUGGACAGAAGAGAUGUUGCUGCCGGGGCAACCGUCCUAACAACAAGAUGUGGAGUUCCUCAGGGCAGCACGGCACCGUUCUGGGUCACGAUGAGAACUAGACCCUUUGUGUUUCCGACCAUGUCUCCUUGGUUCAUCAUCCCAGAUCAUGUGACGUUCAAUAGCUGGAAAGACUUUCAGGAAGCCAGGAUACAGCGUUCUGCAGACCCCACAGUGAUGCUCACCAAUCUGCCGGGAGAACACUACUCACAGGAGGUCUUUGUUGAGCUGCUUCGAUGUUAUUUCCCUAUUCUUCACUCUGAGCUCCACAGCGUUACGGUGCUGACACUGCAGAGGAGGGCCUUUGUGUUUUUCAACUCCUGGGGGGAAUGCUUAAUUUUUGCACAGAAUCACUUCAGAAUUCCGGUUUCUUUUGGAGACCACAAACUUGGCAUCCACUUCAUCUUAGAGCGCAUGGAUCCUGGAGCUGCUGAGGAGGUCAUGUACAGAAAUCUGAUGAAGUGGAGCAACGCCCACGUUCCAGAGCUGGAGUCUCUGGAGGACCGACUGCUGUGUGUGGAGAUCUCUGAGACCACCAUGGACCUCAUCAUGCUGGUCAUGCACGUGGUUUCAUCCAUCGCUUCUUUCAUCAGCUUCCUGCCGCUCGCCAACCGGGUUCUCAUUGAGAUGUCUGAACCCAGUGGAGUAACAAAGGUGGUGGAGUCGGCCUCACAGCACCAUUUGACUGCAGUGGAAACUUGGAAGAGAGUUGGACGUGUCGAGUCAGUGAGGAGUCUAAACCAGCGUCGUGGCCUCCGUUCAAGUCAUCUGGUGGUGACACGUGAAGCUCAGCCUCGUCCUUCAAACCCUGGAUCUGAAUCCAUCACAGCAGCACCAGCAGAUGUAGAAAUGAAGGACAGCGAAGAGAAACCAUCUGCUCAGGUCACCGUGGACUCCAAGAUUCCUCCUAAAGAUGUGCAGAAGAAGAGUGAACAGAAACCAGCAUCUGAGGUCACUGUGGACUCCAGGAUUCCUCCUGAGAACAUGGAGAAAGUAGAAGAUAAGAAGAGUGAAGAGAAACCAGCUUCUGAAGUCACCGUGGACUCCAGGAUUCCUCCUCAGGAUGUGAAGAAGAACGAAAAGAAAUCAUUUGCUGAGGUCAGUGUAGACUCCAAGAUUCCUCCUAAGGAUGUGAAGACAGAAGUGAAGAGUGAAAAGAAACCAAGAUCAGAAGUCACCGUGGACUCCAGGAUUCCUCCUCAGGAUGUGAAGAAGAACGAAAAGAAAUCAUUUGCUGAGGUCAGUGUAGACUCCAAGAUUCCUCCUAAGGAUGUGAAGACAGAAGUGAAGAGUGAAAAGAAACCAAGAUCAGAAGUCUCCGUGGACUCCAAGAUUCCUCCUAAAGAUGUGCAGAAGAAGAGCGAACAGAAACCAGCUUCUGAGGUCACUGUGGACUCCAGGAUUUCUCCUCAGGAUUUGGAGAAGAGCAAAAAGAAUCCAUCUGCUGAGGUCAGUGUAGACUCCAGGAUUCCUCCUAAAGAUGUGGAGAAAGAAGUGAAGACAAGUGAAAAUAAACCAAGAUCAGAAGUCUCCGUGGACUCCAGGAUUCCUCCUAAAGGUGUGGAGAAAGAAGUGAAGACAAGUGACAAUAAACCAAGAUCAGAAGUCUCCGUGGACUCCAGGAUUCCUCCUGAGAACAUUGAGCAAGAAGAAGUGAAGAAGAGUGAAGAGAAACCAGCUUUUCAGGUCACUGUGGACUCCAAGAUUCCUCCUGAGAAGAUGGAUGAAGUAGAAGUGAAGGACGAGGCUUCAGCAGCAGCUUCAGUCUGUUCUGCUGAUGCAAACACCGUCGCUGCUGCUUCCAGCUCUGAUCCUUCAGCCACCAGGGAGGUGAAGACCGAGGAGGCAGAACUUCCUACCAUCAACGAGGACGUUUUCAAGGUGAUCGCAGCAGCAGUCCGUCAGCACCGACUGGCUCUAAGAGGCGGGACGCCGAGCGAAGACAGAGAGAGCUCCAACAGAAACAGCACAAGCUCCAAAAGUGUAAAGAGUGAAGACAUGGCACAAGAAAAGGAUCCGACUGAUUUCACAGCCAGCGUUGAUUCUUCAGACUUCUUUUCAUUGGAGGAGCAGACUUUUAACUUGGAGGACUUUGUCACCGUUGAUGAAAUCGUCGACGAUGACCAAAGCUCCUCUUCAUCGAGGCGGACCUCCAGAGACAGACAAGGACAAGAAAGCUCCGACGCUGCCAAACAGGCCUCAACCAGGUCCUCUAAAGACUCCAAGAGCUCAGCCUCUUCGUCCUCCCCUUCGUCCAAGCCCACUAAAGCCUCCGUGAGAAGCAGCUCGUCUUCCAGCUCGAAGUCUGCGUCGCCAAAGAGGCACCAAGACUCAUCAGAGCCCAGCAGAUCCCACAUCAAACCCUCUGCUGCUGGUAGAACCUCAGCUGAACCUCCGGCCUCCUCCGGUCACAGAGCUCAGCCGAGAAGCACCAAGUCUCCAGCCAGAGCGUCGCAGUCUUCAUCCUCAAGCUGCCGGACGCGAUCGGCAAAGACGGCAGCAGGAAGUCAUCAGUCGCACAGAGAAGAAGAAAAACCCAUCGAGAGCGCAGCGGCAAAGUCUGACCACCAGGUGUCAGCAGAGAGCGCUGCUGCAAAAACUGUGGAGUCAGAGAUGGAAACAGAAGCUUCAUCAGAGAUGCUUCCUCCUGCACAGAGACAGGACUCAGAGGUGACGAAUCGAACACGGAGUCUGCAGACCGAUCUGAAGAACGAGUCGCUCAAAGAGGUGAAGAUGAGCAAAGAAAGGAAAAAGGAGGAAGCUGACAAACACACAGAGGAGCAGGAGGAGGAAGAAGAAGAAGAUUACCAAAUCCUGGAUUCAGUGGACGAGCAAACAGACGAACAGACGACUGAAGAGAAUCCAGAUGAAGCUCAGUCAGAGCAGAGACUGGAUGAUGGAGGCCAGCAGGUCCUGGACAGGGUGGAGAAAGAAGGUGGAGCUCCUCCAGAAGAAGGAAAUGCUUCUGUCCAAAUGCUGGAGAGCAUCACCGAAGACCAAGAAGCUGCAGUUCAAGACGAGCAACGUCUGAUGGAAGUGAAACAGCCGACGGAGAAAAACCCGAGCAGAGCAGUGGACGGCUCUGAUAAAUCUGCUGCUGAAGAUUCAGCCGAUCAGAAUCAAGACACAAAAAGCAGGAAAUCUCCGAGGAGCAGGGGAAGGAGGACCAAAGACAAAGAAAUGCCUUCAGAAGAAUCCUGCAAAGCCUCCAAAGAUGCAGGUCGAAGCCCAGACAGUGAAGAAAAGCCUCCUGAAGGCCGAGACGACAAAGACGCUUCAACAGAUGUUUCUGAACAAGGAACCUUUGAGAUUCUGGAUUCAGUGGAAGAUCAAACCAGGACAGAAGGAGACAACCAGAAACCUACAGCAGACACGACCACAGAAGAAGAUUUGUUCCAGGUAAUCGAUUCUGUGGAAGAUCAGCCAGAGACGGAGUCAGAGAGCAACAACAAGGAGAGAAGAACCAAGAGAGGAGAAGCAGCAGCUAAAAGAGACGACAGACCAACCAGGAGGACCCCGAGGACCAGAACAUCUCAGAGUGAAGACAAAGAGAAAUCGCCAAAGAAAGCAGACAGGACGGUCAGAAAACACGAGACUCGAACAAAGGACAGCGCUGCAGGAAAAGACAAGAAGGAGGACGAGGUGGAGACGCUCAAAAAGAUGGUAGAUUCUGUCGACGGAGCCUCCACCACAGAAAGGUCUGGUAGAAGAAGGACCACCAGAGGAAACAAAGAGGAGAAAAAGACGUCGAGUUACUCAGAAGUCACCGAAAACUCCAACGAGGAAGAAGAGAUCAUGUACGAGAUUUUAGACUCCGUGGAGGACGAGGCCGCCGUCGACGAACCCACCGUCAGCACGAGAUCCACCAGAGGACGAAGCCAAAGAACGAGCAGGAAAGAAGCUUCGAACCCAACAAAAGACGACACCAGAAGGAGACGAACACCAGCCAGAGAUUCACAGAAACCAAACGAGGAGAAAGCAGCUGCAAAAGAGAGAACACCAAUGAAGAAGAGCGGCACAGGGGAGGAGGAGGCCACCUAUGAAACAUUGGACUCUGUGGAGGACGAUCAGCCACUAACUGGAGGAAAACCACGAAGGGGACGACCAAAGAAAGACGUUAAAACAGCGAAAAAACCCAACAAAGCAGCCAAAGAAGAAGAAGCCACUUACCAGGUUCUGGACUCUGUCGGGGACGAAACAGUUGAAGAUCAGCAUCACACAGAAGAAUCCAAGAGUCCCAGAAAGUCAACAGUUUGUGAAGAUGACAGCAGAAACACAAAGAAAAGCUCAGCAUCAAUGAUGGACGAGGAGGAGGAAGAGCCGAUGUACCAGAUCGUAGAUUCUCUGGAAGAUGAUCAAGAAGAGAAGACGAACACAGAAGAGUCGGACGGACGGACGACGGAAAGAAGUUGGACUAAAGAUGAAGAUCCUGCAGCAGAAACAGGAGACCUAGAACCUGGAGGAACCUCAACAGCAGAACCAGUGGAGGAGAACCUGCAGCAGACAGCCGAGCUUCAUCCAGCUGCUGCAGAAAACAAGGAACAGAGUCCAGAACCAGACGAAGCACCAACCGAGAACAAACAGGAAGCGGCUGCAGAAAGCUCUCUGAACCUGGACGAAGUGAGCGAAGAGGAGGAGGAUUACCCCGACGACGGCACCGAGGAAGAGGAGCUGAAGAAGAAGAAGCAAGCUGCCGUCGCCAUGACGACCAGGAUGGAGGCCGACGGCCAGCAGCUGCUGACUCUGGAUGAGGUGGGAGGAGACGGAGACGGGCGGCGUCCGGAGAUCACGGAGGGAGAGCUGCAGGAACUCGUCACUCUGGACGAGAUCUGCGAAGAAGAGGAGGGAAAGGCGGAGCUUAGCGUGCCAGAGCCCCGCCCUCUCAACCAGGAGAGCCAAUCAGAGGCCUCCUCAAACCCACAGGCUGCAGAUGAAGAACAAGAGAAAACCUCAAAAUAUGUUAAGCAGAAACACGAAGACGACGACAGCAGCACAGUUCUGGAGCAAAGCGUGAACUUUGUGACGGUGGAUGAGGUGGGAGACGCCAAAGACGAGGAGAAGGAGGAGGAGAAGGAGGCGCCGACACCCAGGACCAGAGGCCGAGCCAAGAAGAGGAGCAGACAGAGCGCCGUGAGAAAAUCCACCAGAGGCAAGACGGAGACACCAGAAGAAGAAGGAAGCAUGGAUUCUUCUGCAGCUCAGAGCGACGAGCUGUUGAUCCAGAGGACGGAGGUGGAAGCAGCGAGUGGAGCCCAGGAGGAGGCUGCCUCUGCUGGGCAGCAGCUGGAAGGACGUCUGGAGGAGAAGGAGGGACGGAGCACCGACGCCGACAACAAACGCAGGAAGCAGCUGAUCGGACCUGAAGCUAAGAAACCUCGAUGUCAGUCUCCUGGUGGAGAAUUCAGUCUGCCUCCAUUCAGCAGCAGCCCCCUGGGUGUGGAGUUUGUGGUUCCUAAGUCGGGUUUUUUCUGUGAGCUGUGUUCUGUUUUCUACCUGAACGAGAUCAGCGCCAAGGAGACGCACUGCAGCAGCCAGAGACACUACCACAACCUGGAGAAACAUUACCAGAGGCUUCGACAGAAACUUUUAGGAACGUCAACAGAAAGCCCUCAAAGCUCCAGUUCCGACUGAUCAACUAGAACGGCUGAUUAUCGUUUAAUUAAAGGAGAAGCUGGACGAGGGAAACAUGAUGAGACUUCCAGCUGUUUUUGUUUCAGUUCCACAUCUUCAAUCAUUAAUUUUUCAGCAGAUUUAUUGCUGUUAUGCUGACAUCAGCGGAAUCGUCUUUGUGAACAAAUAUUAAAAACUGCAGUGACGAAGAAACGUCCCUCGAAAGAGCUACAAACUAAAUGUCGUGUUUCAGCUUAGAUUGACGUUCGAUCGGAGACUUUUUAUUUGCCGGCUGCAGAUUUAACGCUGUCAUCAGUUGUUUUUUUUAACAGAUUUUCUUGACGUUUACUCUGAAUUUGAGCUAAAUUUGACUUCCAGAUUCCAAAAUACUUGAUUGUUGUGCAGCUUCAAACCAGCAGAGGGCGCCAUCCAUCCAGAGAAGCUCCGGGGCUGAUGGGAAAUAGUCGCUCUGCAAACUACACAUUUCGGUUGAGAUGUUGUUGACCAAUUAAAUGUAGAAUUUAUGGCAGUUUAUUAGCCGCCAUGCUAAUGCUAAUACACAUCAACUCCUCAGCAUAAAACUGUAGCAAGAAAUGUUGUUUCUGCCUUCGAACAGACUCAUUUAUGUGAAAUAUCCUUUAUUUAACUGAACAGUCUGUAGAAAUGAUGUUCUGGUAUUUAUUUUAUUAUAUUUUCAUCAAAACGAAACUUAUCUUUACAGUCAGGAACAAAGUGCCUCUUUUUUUUUUUUUUUUACUGUCUUUUUGUACAUAAUAUUAUUUGUUAAUCUCAAACAAGUCCUGACUGUAUGUAAGAAUCUGUUUUCCAGAGAGACACUGAUUAUUAAUUCUUUAAAUUUGUCAAAAGCACAGAAGCCAUCAGACAAACUUCAUGUUUACUGAAGUCAUUAAAUCCAACGUUAAUAAAAAAGGGUUGUUCUGUUUA